GGCAAAUGAGAAGGUGGGACGACAGAUGGUGCGUCAGUUGGGUGGUUCUGCAGCCCGGCUACCUUUGUACCACUGGAUCCCACGCUUACCUGGCAAUGUCUUCCUGCCUGCAGAGGCAGUGGAACACUGCUCUCAGAGCAUUCACGACUCGCCACAGGAUUGGGGCAGAAGGAGAUGGAGGCGGUGUUGUGAGUCUGGUGUUAUUUUUAGUCUCCCCUCCCUCCAGGGGCUGGACUAAUCUACCGCUGUUUGAGCUUAUCCAGAUUGGAGUUAGGACACUGAGGCAGAAAGACUGAGAACUGGGAACCUUCUUUCCUUGUGAUGCCAUUAGCACUCCUCAAGCUUAGACUGACCAUGCCGAAGCAGGACUGGCAAGUAGCUAGGUCUGUGGGUUUGUAGGGUCAGAGGGACUGUGGCCGCUCGGCUUACAAGCGCUCUGAGGACGCUAUGAGUUUGGAGUGGCUGCCGACUGGCUGCUGCCCUGGUUACCCCAGCUGGCACUGGCGCAAAGAGACCGGAAUGGGCAAAACUGGGUCCUCAGAAAGCUGCAAUGAGGGUCGAAGCAGCAGCAGCAGCAUCAAAGAGGGGGGCAGUGUACAACUGAGUGGACUUAACACUGAAGAGCUAAAAGGCAGUCUGGUGGUCCUCUACGCACCUGCUGGGAACUCCUGUCUGCUCAAAUUGAGCUCAGGAAUGGAAGAGGUAGUGUGGGAGCAGUUCACGGUAACUUUGCAGCGGGACCCCAAGAUGGGUUUUGGCAUUGCGGUGUCAGGUGGGCGUGAUAACCCAAAUGUGGACAAUGGUGAGACUUCCAUCAUUGUAUCAGACGUGCUAAAGGGAGGACCUGCAGAUGGAAUGCUCUUUGAAAAUGACCGUGUCAUUCAAGUCAACUCAGUUGCCAUGGACAAUGUGCCUCAUUCCUUUGCUGUGCAGUCACUCCGUAAAUGUGGCAAAGUGGCUAAAAUAACAGUGAAGAGACCCCGUAAGGUUUCACUCCACUCUCUGAAGCAGCCCCCUUCGCCAGACAGGGACAGCCAGGAUUAUCCCUCUACACACUAUUACGAUGCAGACAACGACAAUGGCUGGUACCACGAUGAAGGCAAAACCUCUGAAAGCAAAGCAUACCUGGAGCCUGAACACAGAGGAGGCAGAGACUACAACCAGAGGGGAAGAAGCCGUGGCGGGAGCCGAGAGAGAACCUCACCCAGCCCUGACAGAUACAGGAGGGAGGGAAGCCAAGGAAGAACUCAGAACACCAGCGCCGAACGGCAGCCAUACCCCAGCCGAGGGCGCAGCCCUGGAAGCAGAUACAGCAUGGAGGACAAGUAUGAAAGAGGAGAAGGUGGUGGAGGAAGAAAAGGCCACUACAGGAGCAAAGAUCAUCUACAUGACAGCCCUCCAUCCCCAACUUCAAGGGAACUUGAGCCACUGGAGAAACCUGUCAAUGUCAUGCUGGUGAAGAACAGACCCAAUGAAGAGUAUGGUUUACGUCUCGGAAGUCAGAUCUUCAUCAAGCAGAUGAGUAGCACUGGUCUGGCUGCUAAGGAUGGUAACCUGCAAGAGGGAGACAUCAUCCUCAAGAUCAAUGGCACAGUGACAGAGAAUCUCUCUCUGCACGAUGCUGGGAAACUGAUAGAGAAGUCGAAAGGGAAGCUACAACUCGUGGUCCAGAGAGACCGCCGCCAGAUUCUUGUCCGCAUCCCCCCUCUUGCAGAUUCUGACUCUGAUAACGAUGACAUAUCAGAGAUGGAAUCAUACCAUUCAUACUCCCCUCCAGAGGAACGGAAGUCCCAUCAGUCUGACCUGUCAUCCCACUCGUCUAAUGAACGAGACAACCCCAGGGAAGGACCCAUGAUGGCGAUGGCCAAAAUGUCAGCUAUGGCGUCACCAUUCAGAGUACCUGAAGACCCUCAGGCUUUGGCCAACCGGGAUAAUGACGCAUCAACUCACGUCACAGAGCCUCCAGUUACAACCACACCCAAGAUUCUCCUCCGACCCAGUUCAGAAGAUGAAAAGUUAUAUGGGCCAAACACAAUUAUGGUCAAUUUCCAGAAGGGUGACAGUGUGGGAUUGAGGCUGGCGGGUGGAAAUGAUGUUGGCAUCUUCAUUGCUGGUGUUCAGGAGGGCAGUCCUGCUGAGGAAGAGGGUCUCCGCAUUGGGGACCAAAUCCUAAAGGUAAACAAUGUGGAUUUUCAAGGUGUAGUCCGAGAGGAAGCAGUGCUCUUCCUGUUGGAGAUUCCAAAAGGAGAUGUGGUCACCAUUCUGGCCCAGAGCAAACCAGAUGUGUAUAACGACAUCUUGGUGUCAGGGCGUGGAGACUCCUUCUUCAUUCGGACCCACUUUGAGUUUGAAAAAGAGAUUCCUCAGAGCCUGUCUUUUAGCCGGGGGGGCAUCUUCAAGGUGGUUGAUACGCUGUAUGAUGGCAAGCUUGGUAAUUGGCUGGCUGUUCGCGUUGGCAAGGAUAAGCAGCUGCUGGAAAAGGGCAUUAUCCCCAACAAGAGCAGAGCGGAACAGAUGGCCAGUGUCCAGAGUUCUCAAAAGGUCAUUGGUGGUGAUCGAGCUGAUUUUUGGCGGUUGCGAGGCCAGCGUUCUUUGAAGCGGAAAGAUUUGAGGAAGAACUGUGAAUAUGUCGGCACCCAAACCCUGGCCACCCGCUUUCCAUCAUAUGAACGCGUGGUCCUCCGAGAGGCUGGUUUCCGGCGUCCUGUGGUACUGUUUGGUCCCAUAGCUGAUGCUGCGAAUGACAAACUGGCAUCCGAAAUGCCCAACCUGUUUGUUAUUGCUAAAACCGAGCCAAAAGAUGCUGGCUCAGAGAAAUCCUCGGGUGUGGUUCGCCUCAACACUAUUCGGCAAAUUAUUGAGCAGGAUAAGCACGCCCUGCUUGAUGUGACACCCAAGGCUGUUGACACCCUAAACUACACCCAGUGGUAUCCCAUCGUCAUCUUCCUCAAUCCAGACAGCAAGCAUGGCAUCAAGGCCAUGAGACAGAGAAUCAUUCCCAACUCCAACCGUAGCGCCCGCAAAUUAUAUGAACAGGCCAUCAAACUGAGGAAAAGCUGCUCUCACUUAUUCACAGCUACCAUAGAGCUGAACUCAACCAAUGAUGCCUGGUAUGGGAGCGUCAAGGACUCCAUCAGAGAGCAACAAAUGCAAGCCGUCUGGGUUUCUGAUGGCAAGUUGGAGGAGGUAGAGAGUGAUCUGGACUGCCAGGAUGUGGAGCGUCUCUCCUUCCUGUCCGCCAUGUCUGCUGACUACCUCAGCAUGGACAGCAGGCUGACCUCUGACCUGGAUGACACUGCAGAUGAGGCUGGGACCUACACUGACAACGAGCUGGAUACAGAGACCAUGCAUGUCUCUGCCAUUAGUCGCUCAUCGGAACCAGUCUCAGCCGAGGAGAUAUUACGCAGGUAUAGCCCAGACAUCCGUAAUCGGCUGAAAAAAAGCAGCCAUGAAGUUCCCAGUAGGUGCAGCCCUCCGCCUGUCUUCCUGACAGAUGGUAAGGUAAAGGUAUCUCUGAAGGAGGAGUCAGCCCUUUUAUCUGGCUCGGAAGUCGCGCACCAACACCAGCGUCAACAUCAACCUGCACCCCCAAGCUCUCGCCAAAACUACGAUUCUCCUUCCAGCAGUAGCCCUGCAAGCAGCAACAAUGACCCUCCGCCGCCCAUCCCCCGCUCAGCUCACUCCUCUGCUCCUCCACCUCCGCCUCCGCCUCACCUCCUCAACUCCUUUGGAAAACCCCGGACUCUGGGAGCACCCAAAUCCCAUGCUGCAUCCAAGCCCACCAGGACCACGGUGGAGAAUGCACUUCCCUCCUCUGCACCAUUGCCCAGUGAGACUGUAGCCUGUUGGCAGCUAGAGGAGGCUCCACAGGACAGUCCACCACAGGACCCAUCCAUGAACUCCUUCAUGGGAAAAGUCAAGGCCUUUGAGAAGAUGGAUCACUUUGCUCGAGCCCACAGGAUGCUGCAACUGCAGGAGGCACACGAUGCCAGGGUGGAAAUUGCCCAGAAGCAUCCUGACAUCUACGCGGUCCCCCUGAAGACAGCCAAACUUGAUCACAGUCGCCCACAGCCUAUCGGCUCCAGCUGUCGUGCUGAGCCCCAAACGUCUCCAUCUCUCAAGGAGGGGCACCCUAUCUACCCCAGCAAGGAGUCAGAAGUGGAAGCAAUGUCAGGGUACUACACCUCAACUUCCCCAUAUGAGGACACGGAACUGUAGGGUUAGCGUGCAGCCACUGUGCCUAUCCCAAAGCUGCAUAACGCAGUCUCUUUCUACACCUAGCAUUCCUCCACAUACUGCACAUUCGGCUGCUACAACUGUCUUUUCUAUUGUAAGAACACUGUCUUCACUUCUUUCUUUUUGUCAGAUGUCGAUGUUGCUUUCUUACACGAUGUACCGCCAUGAGCUUACUAGCCAAAACUGAUUAUUCAGGAACCACUUGUUUUCUUGCCUAUGCAACUCUUUCAGUUUUUGCACAGCAACGGAGCUUUGCCACAAAUUUUGCCCUCACAAAAAACCUCAGCAACUUUUGCAACAGCUUGAUCAUCACGAUCCCCUUUGAAGCUACUGGAACUGCUAGUAACUAACAAAGAUUGCAUAUAUAUUAUGACUUACUAUUACUUACGAUAUCAUGUAUACUGUAUAUAUACAGUAGAUCCCUGCUAUUCACGGGGGCUACGUUCUGAGACCACCCACAAAUGGUGAGUAAUUGAGACACCCAUAAAAAUGUUCCUUUUUGACACUGUCACCGAGCCUGGGCUAUGUCUAUGGCACAACUGUACAUAACAUUUGCUUGAGGAAGUGCGUCUAUCUGCCAUCAGUUAGCUUGAUAUUUCCACCCAUACUCACACCACACAAACCAACACACAAUGUAACUGCACCACAGAGACUUUGCGGGUAGCGAAAUAAACACACACUAAUACACAUGCAAAACAAUACUAUUUUAUACUCAUUCAUAACCCAUAAGACAUGCUGGGGAAGUGAAUCCGUGUACCGUUUGCUCAUUUGUUUGUCCGUUUGAAACCAACAUAGAAAAAACGGAUGGCGACGUGUUUUUUCAGAAUUAGUUUUUCAAAUUAAAGCAAAAAAAAUGAAUAACGUGUAGUUUGAAGACGAUGGAUGUAGUCUUACUUGGACUUGGGUGUGUGGGUAAACAAACGUAGAAUAAGACAGGAGGAGCGGGAGGAUUAAGAAUACACACAACGGCAAGUUUGGAGGCUUUUGCUAACAAAAUUACAUCUUGUUUUGUAAUUCUGCACUAGCGUCACGGCGCCAGCCUAAAGCGACGCAGGCUGGCUCGCCCCCCUCCAAACCUCUCAGAUCUUGUGUCACGAAAUCUUGCGAGGUUAAAACAUGAUGAGAUUUCCCGUUCAGAAAAGAAACUGUCUCACAGUAAUAAAUGAAUCACGCAAUAAAUUGAUUUCUUGUAUCUUGCCAUGUCCAUGCGUGUCCAUUUUCCUCGUCUCUCGCCUCAAAACAGGCAGGAAGAAGGUUCACUCUGCAUUGCUUUCACCACCUACACGCUAUAGAACAACGGCGUUGCAUAGAACAAGGGCUUGAACACAGUGAGACCUCGUCUGUCACACUGUCGCUUUGUCUCUGAGGGGGGAGGCGGGGUAGCUAGCAUACACACAGUUUGGUGUAUCUUCGUGAGGAGCAAUGCAAGGUAACAUAGUAGAGAUAAGGAGGGGGAAAGAUGAUUGCAAAGCCAAAUGCCACAAAUAUUCCCAGUGUGGGAAUAUUUUGGCUUUGGAUGAGCAAGGUGAGCUCAUCAACACAGACAAACCAGUAAAAUAAAAAGAAAACGUUAUUUAUUGUUGUUUUGCUUACUUUAAAAAGCUAAUCAUCAGUUUUGUGCGUGAUGGUUUGAAAUGGGAAAAAAAAUGAAGGAAUGAUACACGGAUUGAAGUGUCUUAUGCCUUAAUGCCUUACACAUAAAGAACACCUCCUCAAGCAAGUUGACAUUUGCCUCAGACUACGCAAGCUUUACCAAAGUCGGGCCAAUGAGAUGGAUUCUCUACCAGUAAGCAGCCUAAGUACGGAGAUUGUAAGCACAAAAUGGCGGGUUUUUACACAAAUAAAAGAAAAUGUUUGCGAAUGCUGAAUGGCGAAUAUGUGGGGAUCCACUGUAUAUCAAUAUAUCAAUCACACAUAUAUCAAAUAUCAAGUGUUUAUAGUGUCUUUGCAUUCCUUCUUACAUGACAAUGCCUGUGUAUACGUACAUACAGUACCUAUUUAUCUACAGUACAGAUAUACAGUAUAUAGAUACAUAUAUAUAGAUAUAUAUAUUCAUUGGAAACAACACCCAGUGCUGGUCCCAAUGGGAGGGUUGUGUCAGGAAGGGCAUUUGGAAUAAACAAACAAGUCAUAUCAUAUACGUCAUAUAUAUAUAUAUAUACAGUACAUACGUAUAUAAUAUACACACACACACACACACUGGGAUUGAUGAAAAUGUUUGAAGUGCCUUUUAUUUUGGUAGUCCCUCGAGGUUUGGGUUGUCCGUCCUUCCUCAUCAGCCACCCAACAGUACUCAGACCUUUGCUGCUCUCUGCUGUCAGGCUCUCAAGGAAACCAGGGAAUCCGUCACACCAAAUCCUUAAUCACGUUCACGGUAUUGUCUGCUCCAGCCAACACAGAACAGCAGUAUUAUUACGGCACUAGACUGCUCACAUCAGCAUCCAAACCAGUAUUCUUGCACCGAAUCCGAAUGUAUGCCAUACAUUUCUUGGGGAAUAUAAGGACGAUCUCUAAUGCUGUAUGUCAGUUGCCACCUUCAAUAAAUGAUCCAUUUCUUUGGCAGUGUGAGCAAAGUAGGACGUUGGUGUGACCAGACCUUGAGACCAAUUUUCUCUUUUUCUUUUAUUUGUCUUCUUGUUGUACUUUCCACAUGGUGCAUCAGUGCAUAAUGUGCCAUACACGGUUACUACCCACGAGUAUCAUAUGCACAUCAGACCACGGUUACAGUAUUUCUGUCCUUCCUACACAACUUGUUUGAGCCAUUUAGAAAAGUAAAAGUAAGUAUUUUUUCAAAGCUAUUUGAUCAUUCUUACAAGUUACAGGUUGGUAUUUGAACCUUAGCUCGAGUAUUGUCACAGAGUACAAAACAAUAAAUAAUGAAUGAUGCCUCAUUUUAGAUGUGUGAGCUUUGCUGCCAGGAUGAGCUCUUCUAAAAGUGUUGGAAAGCUGCUUUGAGAAGGAAGUGAAGUGCUUCUCUUGAUCACUGGUAAUUUAUCAGUUGUUCACCUGAUGUUUUCCUGGGGUUAAGGGUCAUAUUUCUUUAAGGUAUUGACAAAUGUGUUGACACCACAUCCUCAAUCUGCAGACGAGAAAACAUACAGUGGAACCUUGGUUAGCGCAUGCCUCAAUUAGCAUCUGUUUUGGUUAAAGUCGAAAAUGUUGCCUCUGUUUGCAUAUAUAUUUUCUGGUUUGCAUCGUGUUGUGUUACUACACUGCAAGAGGUCAACGGCGUAGCGACAGUCACGUCUCGUUCUAGUCGCUUCUGGGUGCGGGGAACCCAGGUAAUAAACGCGCUCCAAUAAUGCAAUGUCCAGACAGAUGAUUGCAUUGGAGUUAAUACUGUGUUUAUUGUAUAUGAAUGGAAAAUAAUAAUAAUUCUAUGUCCAAGAUGGCAAAUGCUAUGGCAGGUUGAAUAAAUGGAGGGUGUGAAAGUGGUGCAUGGUGUGCACGAGUGUGCGUGUGGGGUAAAAACAGUGUGACCUCCCGUCACCCUAAUUCCAUACACUGGAAUUCCACGCAACACCUCCAUACCACAAUUACCUCUAAACAAACCAGAUGAACUAAACCCAAACGCAGCAUAAAUGGCUUCUACAAACUGUGUUCUUAAUGUAUUUUCAUCACAAGACGUCCUUGAUAGCAUCCUUUGAGCAUGCUAAUACAGUCGUCCCACGUUUAUAGCGGUUAUUCGUUCCAGACUCGACCGCAAUAAAUUAAUUUCCAGCUUAGAAAACCUAUUUAUUUCUUCAAAACUUAAGCCAAAACCUUACCACUUCCACACGGAAUGGGAGGAAAACUUUUUGUCUCUCGUUAAAUCAUGUUGGACAUGCCACGGCUGACUUCAUGACUGCAAGCAGUGUUUAGGUAAUGCAAUGUAAGGUAACGUCUCAUCAGUGUUUUGUGUCAUUACUGUCACCUAGUGACCAGAAUACUGCAUAUCACUUGUAUUUCAGUAUGUUUUGACUAAUAAUUCAGUUGUUCCUGUUUUGCUUUGUGUUUGUUUGCUCGUGUGCACGCCCUCACUGUUUCCUGUUUACAUUCUGUCUGUUUCUUUUUGCGUUUACAAAAUGUAUGUUUUUAUUGUAAGACAUGCAGGGUGUUCCGCAUGUGACGCUAUAUUUGUGUUCCGCUUCUAUUUUAUCGUCAGCGUAGACCAGUAGUUUGAUCUGGUCUUAUUGGUGUGUUUAUGUUCUGUUAUCUCUUUGCAUUCUGCACUUUCGCCCUUAAAGGGAUAGUUCCGAUUUUUUGCCAUGAAGUUGGAUGACAUCCGCUUCAGCAGUGUAGUCCCGCAACAGAGACUUACCCCCCACUUUGUCUCCUAAGUCCAGUUCUGGUCGGAUUUCGGUGAUGAAGUUCCGCUUAGUUGGUGGGGACAUGUAAAUAAAGAAUUUGGCUUCUCAAAACGAUAUGCUUUCAAAAGACAAAUACAUUUGCAUCGCAAAAAUGCCUUCUCAAAAAAAUCUGACCUCCCAAAACCCUGUGCGUUAUAUUUGUCUCCCACCGUAUCCCGGCACACUGUCGCCUGCCCAUCCAUGUGUAUGUGAUGAACACACUCGCGCUAGUGCCACUCUUCUUCUGCCGCCAUCUUGUUUACGUAUGUGUUCCACAGUGGCAGAAGAUGCGGGGGUCUUCAUCACAUACACAUGAAUGCACAGGCAUUCAAGUAAAAUAGAAAUAUAAGGCAUUCAGAAGACGCAUUCAAAGCCUUUGUGAUGAUGUGUAGUAUUCUACACUGGUCACUAGGUGUCAGUAAUGUUACUGUAAUGUUCAGUGAGACACACAAGCACCAGAUUUGAUCGCCAGAACAACAGGCUUUUAUUGCAGCUUUGAAUGAUCUCACAACAGGUACAAUAAUCCCUAACACUUGCUACUGUUGCGGCUGUAUAGUAUUAAAAAGUAUAGCUAAACUAAGGGCGAAGCAAAAAAGGCUUGAGAGUAAGACACAGCAAGAUGCUCGCACAAAAAAAGGCAUCACGCCAAAGAAGACAAGGAGGACCCCAGAGCAAAACAGAAGCUUUCACUUGCCAGAGGACAAAGUGGAACACAACUAGGGAGUGUGUGAGCAGGUAAUCCAAUAAGCAGGGAAGCGGCAUCGAAGCACUAGCAUGUGUUGGGAAACCAACUCUGUGUCCUCCUGUAACAGCUGGCUUAAGUGGGCCUAACCAACACAACCUGCCACAGGUGUGCCUCCCUGCCACGCCUGCUCAGCACUCAGGUAGUCUAGGCAUAAAGAAACACUCAAUGAAUGCCCAGAAACCAGCAACCACCCAAAGUCCAAACAACAUAAAACAGAGAACAUACUGUAACACCCCACCCAGCUCCCCUAGCACCAGAACACAUGUACAGCAACACACACGAGCACCAGUCUUACAUAUACUGUAUCUGUGGCCGUUUUUACUCAUAUUGUGUCUACUAUAUUGGGUAAUAGUUGUGUAAGGGUAACUAUAGGGGUGUUAUUUCAUGUCCAGAGGGUUCUAAUAAUGUUAAAAAUCAUAUUUAGAAGGUCGUAAAGAGGUUUUCUAAUCUCUAACUAGGAAAAUAUUCCAUUUAUAAGUAAGGAAUCCUACUUUGUGGAAAUUCACUUCACAGAAACAGGAAGUUAAAGAUUACAAUUAGUUCUGAAACCAAUUAACUGCGAUAAAUGAGGGGUUACUCUAAUUAGAUUAGCCGGUACUGGAGAAUAGUAACUGUUACCUUUAACUCCAAUGCUACCAACACUAGUUAAAACAUAUUAGUGUAGUAUUUAAUAAUAUAUCUCAUUCACUCAAUAAUGAAUUAAUUUUGUUUUUAGACUAUGCUGAAGGCCCAUACAUUUUUUUUUUUUUAAAAAGCAGCGAAAAUGGUGUCAUAUUCCUCCCAGUGCCACACUUUGGACACCACCCCUGAUUUAAACGCUGAUUUAAACGCUGAAAUGUAGACAUGUCAUAUUGAUUGAUGUUGUCAUACUUCUCUGAAUAAGCACAAACAAGUUGGCCUCCACUUGUAUUUUCUGAGAAACUAAAUGCUGUGCUAAGCAAACCCUGAAUGGAAACGCAACCUAUUUGUCUAUCUAACGAGCAUAUGUAACUUCCUAAACGUUGUUUCAUACAAAUGUAAUUGGCAUGGUUUGUAGAUGAAUGGAUAUGCUACUCUUGCCAUUUGUAUGAUAGCAUAUGCUUUUUGGGACAAGUACACUCAUGAGAGGUGAGCUAGAAAGCCAACUUGUGGAGCCAACAUCAGUGAAUCAUGAAUCCACGUUUAGGACAUACUUGAGUGUAUAUAACGUCAGCCUACAUCACUUUCAAAAGGGCUUACUCUUACAAUAUUGGCACAGAACCUUGGAACCUUGGUUAGCAUCAUGAAUCCGCUCCAGAAAGUCCGACUCUAAACGUAAACGUACUCUAACCAAACCAGAUCCAUUUUUCCCAUCAGAAAUAACGUAAAUCCAAUUAAUCUGUUCCACAAAGCCAAACAUAUGAACACAAAACACGUUUUAUAGUUGUACAGUAAUACUUUUACAUCCAUGAAACAAUUGCAAAUACAUAUAAGUGAUGAAUGAAAUAGAUAAAUGAACAUUUAAGGGUACUUUUACACGGACACCACCUUCCUGUUUUGCCAUGAGUUGAAUUCAUUUGGGGUUCUCACCUCAAGUUGCAAGUGUCAGCAUUUUCAUAAAGAAGAAGAAACGCUAUUGAAUUUAUGUGCUAACAAGGACGUUUUGUGAUAAAAAUUAAGAACGCAGUGUAAUAAUAACACGACUAGACGCACGCCAUAUUGUACACUAACCGGAAAAUGUUGGCUGACAGGCAAAAUUGUGGUGUAAAUUUGAGAUGUUCACCAAAAAACACGGUAACUGAGGUAGCACGGUGUGUUAGAAUGUUGGCUAAUGCUACUUUGGGCUUUGUCUUGAUUCAACGUUCUCUGGGCAGGUAAGUGGUGUUAAGAUGUCUGAAAAGUAUUGUUUUGUUGUUUCACUUUUAAAAACAAUGAAAGAAAAAGUCUUAGCCGCUAUCACACGGUAUGUGUAUGCGUUGUGUUGAUUCUAGAAAGAGACUGUUGGUAAGUUGGUGUGAUUACCACUGACUUCGCAUCCCACUAACAUUGUGGCGGGCCACAAAGUUCCUCUUUACCUUACCUUGAAAUGAUUGUGGGUCAUUAAUUGUCCACGCCCUCAUUUUGGACAGGGCCAAUCAGCUCCCUGAAUGUGGUGGCCCUUACCAGCUCAGAUGGGGCCAGUGAACAACACUUGCUCAACCUUUUCAAUGAGGAAAGUGCUGAUGGGGCAUUUUUGGAAUUCUUGAUCAACCAGUGAUGUGUGGUUAGGUGAGGCAGAUCCUCCUGGGAAAAAACACCAAAAAAGAAUCAUGAAUGCAUAAAUUAAUAUGAAUAUUUGUCCAUGAUGAUAUUAUAAAUGUAUUUCCUGUAUGAUUCCAAUUGUUUUCAACAUUUUCUUCAGUAAAAAUGGCUGAAUUUGCACAUUCCCUGAUCAAAUGCAGGCCAGACACCUAAGGUCUCUUCUUGACUUAGUGCGCAAGCCCUGCCUACUGUCUAAGUGCACUCAGUGAGUGAGCUGAGUUGGAUUAUGGCGCCUGCCAGUUUUGUUUGCGAGCAUGUGGCCAAUAAUCGAAUCUUAUUAUACACCAUGACUUUCUGCAGCCAUUGUAAUGUCUUUAAUGUAAGUGUGACAUCAUUAUUCUUGAUAAUCCCACAAUAAAUACACAGAAAUGGCAUACGGGAGGCACUUGCAGUACUCGUUUCAUCCUGAGCGGUGGGGGCGUGUGUGAGCUGGAUGGUGCUUGUCACUGCCGUCCAUCCUUGGAGAGGAAAAUCCAGCGGGUUUUUUUGGCAGCUGGAGGAGCAAGUCAGAGGCACGAAAGAUACUUUUAUAUUCUGUUGAAUGAAUGAAUGAAUUUGACGGACAAGAUGGAGGAUUAUAUACCCAAGCUCACCAGGGAGUCAUUUACAACAAAGCAGGUACUUCGUAUACAAAUAAAAGGGAAGAACACAAAUGUUUUUAACGAAUUAAAUAAAUGUGAGGAAGAAGUAUUUGAAAAGAUUUUUUGAACAAAAUCGAAUUAUUCCCUUUUUUUUCUUGUUAUCCUCUAAAUGAGAAACCUGUAUUGGGCUCAAAGACAAGACGUCUCACUUUCAAUGUCCAAAGCAUAUUUAUUAUGCAAAAAAUACACAUUUUAAAACACUACAGUCCUCAACGCACUCUUCUUUACUUACUUAUGUGAUUAUCUGUUGUAAGAAAUGAACAUUUUAUGAGCAGUAGUGCUCAAAAGUACCAAAAAGUCCUUCCUGAUUAACGCCCAGACAUAAAAUAUAUCUCUGUUUUCACAAAAUAUUUAAAAAAAAACUUAAGAAAAGUAUAAAUCAUCUACUUGGGCAUAAUUGUGGUGAUGUUUGCAAUAAUA